CCACCUCUUCCUCCCCAGGCGUGGAAGCGGAGACGCGGACCCCGCGCGCUUUGCACCCCUUUCUUUCCCGUCGCUCCGGGCCCGCAGGCGGAGAGCCAUGAACGUGGAUCACGAAGUUCAACUCUUAGUGGAGGAAAUACAUCGUUUGGGUUCAAAAAAUGCAGAUGGGAAGUUAAGUGUGAAGUUUGGGGUUCUCUUCCGAGAUGACAAAUGUGCCAACCUUUUUGAAGCCCUGGUGGGAACUCUCAAAGCUGCGAAAAAAAGGAAGAUUGUGACCUACACAGGAGAGCUGCUUUUACAAGGAGUUCACGAUGAUGUUGACAUUGUAUUGCUACAAGAAUAAUGUGUUUUGCAUAUCUUUGUUUAAUGCUAUGCUCUGUUUUUGGUAAACUGGAAUAUUACAUUGGAGCAGAUUUACUGUAUUUUUACAGGACUUUAAAAAAAGGAGACUCAUGUUUUGGAAGUCAGUCCUUUUUAUAUCUUCAAAUGUAUGUACUGCACUGUAAAAUAAGAUCUAUUAUUUUUCUCAGGAAUCUGGUUGGAAAAUUGAGGCCAUGAGGUGGUUGUUUUGGUGGGAUGAGGAAUUCUUUGUUUCUUAGAUCAUUUCUACAGAUAUUUGACAUUCUGUGAAAACAAGUAAAACUGCAAACCAAGUUCCCCUUCGGAAUAUUACAUGUUUAUAUAAUAAAACAUA